AUGGUGGAAAGAAUCCGACAAAACAAUUACGGGGCGCAACAAAACAUAGCAGCCAUUGUAGAGCAACUGUUGAACCAACAUGGUUUCAAUGUAGGUUUUGCUAACAUACCUCAUUUUGUUUCCGCCUUCCCAAGUCUAGUCUUAGAAGUGGAAUUACCCAGAGGCUGGAAAGUGCCCAAAUUUACUAAGUUCUCAGGUAACUCCGGCGAGUCUACUGUUGAGCAUGUGGCUAGAUACCAGAUUGAGGUCGGAGACUUGUCUAACAAUGAGGACUUGAAAAUGAAAUAUAUUUCAAGUUCACUGACGAAAAAUGCUUUCACGUGGUUUACGACCUUACAACCUAAUUCAGUCCACACUUGGGCUCAAUUAGAAAGGGUGUUCCAUGAACAAUUCUUCAGGGGCGAAUGUAAGGUCAGCCUGAAGGAACUAGCCAGUGUGAAACGAGAAGUGGCUGAGUCUAUAGACGACUAUCUGAAUAGAUUCAGACAGUUGACGUCGAGAUGUUUCACUCAAGUUCCCGAACAUGAGUUAGUAAUGAUGCCCGCUGGAGGGCUAGAGUAUCCAACUAGGAAGAAAAUUUAUACUCAACAUGUCAGAGACAUGGCUCAAUUGGCUGAUAGAGUAAGGGAGGUCGAAAGGCUCAAGACGGAAAAAGCUCAGUACAACAAGCUGCCUAAGAAAGGGAAAGUAGCUUACGUCGAAAAUGAGCCUUGUAGUCGAAAGCUGAGGGUCACUUAUGAGAGUGAUGAUAAUGAGGGUAACGAAAUACACUUGGCUGAAUUAGAGCCAGGGCCUCCGUAUGUGUGCAAGGCUUUAAAGCCUUACGAAGGCAAGGCCAGCGAGGAACCUCCUAAAACUUCGACUAUAGCCACUAAAACUUAUACUUUUGAUAUAACCAAAUGCGAUGGAAUUUAUGAUAUUUUAGUGUCUGAUGGUCUUUGUAUUUGUGGGAAAACAUUUAUGAGCUUCCAUCUCAUAAUUAACUAA